AUGUGGAUGGCCAAGGAAAGCGAAGAGGACAGUGCUGAGGAGCUGGACCUACCCCAGAACACAGAUACAUGUCUGCAAAUUAACCUGGUUUAUCAGGAAGUGUUGAAAGAGAAAUUAGAGGACCUGGAGCGACUGUUAACAGACAAUCAACAGCAACAAAAAGAGAUUAUGUCUCAGCUAUCUGGCACAGGAACUCCCCAGGCUACCACAUCUGGAGAACCCACACUGAAGCUUUUCUUGGGGAGCUUUCUGAAGCCCUAUUUCAGAGAUAAAGUCACAUUUCUGGGCCCACCCGCUAAUCCAGAAACCAGGGAGAAGAUGAGUAAAAGAAUCAGACCUACUGAUGACGUCAAGAUGAAAAGAUGGGAGGGGUGGCAGAAGACUCUGCUGAUAAAUGCUGUGGUCAAAGACAGCAUGAAACGCAUGAUACAGCCCAAGCUGUCCAAGGUUGAAUACCUUACGCAGAAAAUGGCCAAAGCUGAAAACGUGGAAAAGCUAAUCCUGCGGAAACAAAUCACUGAAAUUGAAAAGGACAUUGAGGCCAUCGGUGCACUGAAGGAGGAUGAGCUGAUGGGUGGCCGCUAUGAUGACCAUGACUGGCAAAAGAUUUCCAAUAUUGAUUUUGAAGGCAUCCGUGAAGCAGAGGACAUAAAAAGCUUUUGGCAGAACUACCUGCAUCCCUCCAUUAACAAAGCCAGUUGGAAGGAAGACGAAAUUGAGAUGCUCAAGAAAGUUGCUGUGAAAUAUGGGCACCACAACUGGGAUCAGAUUGCUGAUGAACUUGGGACCAACAGGACAGCCUUCAUGUGUCUCCAGACAUACCAACGCUACAUCUGCACCGACUUCAAGAGGAGGAUGUGGGGCAGAGUGGAGGAUGACAUCCUUAGAGAGCUGGUGGAGAAGAUGCGGAUAGGGAACUACAUCCCUUACACCCAGAUCUCCUAUUUCAUGGAGGGCCGGGAUUCAUGCCAGCUGAUGUAUCGGUGGACUCAGGUUCUGGACCCCACCCUCACGAAAGGCUAUUGGUCUAAAGAAGAAGAUGAGAUGCUACUGAGAGCAGUGGCUAAACACGGGGCGGGGAACUGGUGGAAGAUGCGUGAGGAUGUGCCUGGCAGAAAUGAUAGCCAGUGUAGGGACAGGUAUGUGGACGUCCUGAUUGGGAACGUGAAGAAGGGGCCAUUUGACGAGGAGGAAAAGGCGCAACUUCGACAAUUGGUGGAGAAAUAUGGUAUAGGUAAAUGGGCUAAGAUAGCUGCUGAAAUGCCUAACAGAAUUGACUGCCAGGUCCUUCAACAGUGGAGGAGAAUGACAGGGUACAAGCCCAGACCUCGGAGGGACAGAAGUAGAAGAGGAUUGCAGAGGAGAAAGGCAGUGGCUGUGAGGAGCAUCAAGAGUAGGCUGAAGAGGCUAGACGAUGAUGUGCACUCAAGCGCCGAUGAAGAGGAGAGCGUCAAGAUGGAAUUUAUGGACAGUGACGACGAGAAGAAACAGAAGUUCUUUGAACUGUACGAAUCUGAUCAGGAAAGUGACAUUUUUGAAGACUACACCCAACCAGACAUGGAGCAAUGGAUCCCCAUGCGAGAGAAGCAGUUUGAAGGGAUGGUGAGGAGUGUGAUGGUUGAACGGCCCAGCAAGUACACAACGCAAGAGCAGGCAGCGACGGACAGCCAGGCCGCAGCACGCAAGUUCAUGGUGGUACGCUCCACCGUCCUGGACCGCUUUGGCAAGCCUGCUGCCACUGUCAUUGGACAAAACCCCCCAAUCCUGGCAAAGAAGGAUUGCAACAGUGACCUGGCCAUGCUCCAGGUAUGCUAUGGAGAGGUGAGGAACCUGAUCACUUGGAAGAAAACAAAUGCCACAAAACAUAAAAACAGUGGGUCUACAAGCAGUGACCAGGGGACGCCUCACAAUUGCUCAAGGCAAAAGGACUCCUCUGCCAACAGUGAAACCUACACCACUCUCAACUAUUCCCUUCAGUUGGCAGUCACUCCCUGGGUGGGCAAUGUGCUUAUGCCCCCACCAAUCUCUUCAAACAAGCUCAGUGAAGGUAGGGAAUGA